AUGACAGAAAAAUUAACUUUUUACAUAGCGCCAGACCCUUCUUGCCCACAUCUUUUUAAGCCACAAUAUAUAGACAUAGAACUAAAUAGAGAAAGCGAAAUUCCACAAACAGAAGAAAGCGAAAUUCCACAAACAGAAGAAACAUAUAGAGACCUAGAUAACGAAAAUGGAUAUGCGCUAUUCUGGUUAGAUUGUCCUUAUGAAAUGUAUGAAUCAAAGGCUUUAUAUGAAGAAUAUAGAAAAUAUUGUCAUGAAAACGAUAUAAGACCAAGCUCUAGAGAAAAAUUCUAUGCUGGUAUAAAACAUCUUUUCGAAGUUCAGAAUGGUGUAUAUACAAAGAAAAAUUUUUCUGAGUAA